AUGAGCGUCGAGGAGCAGAAAGCCUCAAGUCAAAACCUGCAGGUCUUUGUCACUCAGUGUUUGCAUCUCCUCCAGAGGGCAUCGCAGGAGGAGUUGCUGCGGUUUGACCAGAGCAAGCAGGCGCUCACUCAAGCGACGGAGUUGCUUAUCGAGCGGCUGCGCUUUGCCGAGGCGAAGCCUGUUUGGGGUAGCUUGUGGGCUGGAAAGCUUCGUUUAGCCAUCUCUCAGAGGGACUUCGAUGACCGGCAGUGUAUCCUUGAGUCGUGGCUGCCAGCAGCGGCAAAGUUGCGCGGCAAAGAGCUUUCGGGACAGAGAUUCCAACUGUUGGAUGCCCUGCUUUCACGGAGCCCCCCACUUCGUCACUUGGCCUUGUUGUUGGAAAGGCUCCUGGCACGGUGGUGCAAGGAGGAGAUGCUGGACGACGAGCUCAAUGCUGUCUUGGAUGCCCUCGAAACAUUGAAGGACUCUUGGGUCGAACGGCUUCCCGAAAACUGGCAAGCCAUCUGCAGAGCAUGUGCAAGCUGCAAGCACAUUGUCUCGACAUGCAAAGAUCAGCGAAAGCCGCAGACGGCAAAGGAGGUGCUGGCGUGUAGUCUGGAGAUUCAAAGUCGGUGCUUCUCUGCCAGAACCACACAGGUCUUGCACUCUUCGACCAGCGCAGGUGACCGCCAAGCCCUCAUAGCUUGGUGCCAGGAGCUUGUGGAGCUGCAGUGGGACAAGGUCGCCCUCCCGCAGUUUUUCAAUGAAGCGGCAUGGAGGUUGUUGCAGCAGUUGCCGCAGCAUGAGACUGAAAUGUUUCCUGUCCAAGUCCCAGAGUUGGAUGGCUUUGCGAAGGCAUUGAGUGACGCGCGGGCAUCUGCUCCGCCGCAGCUCGCCAUUCAGGCCGAUGCGUUCUUGCGUCGCUUUCAUCCUGCUCUGGCCACCCAUGUGCACCUGAUGGAGUGGCACAUGUCUGGGACACAUGACUCUGCCGCUGCCAAACGCUGUGUGGACUCUGAGAAGCCUCUCUUCGACCUCAUCAAGCGGAGCUUAACUCAGAUAUAUGUGCAGGCUCGGCCGGCAGAGUGGGGGGCCUGGUGCGAGCACUUCGACCGGAUCCUGCCUUGUCUUCAGUGGGUUGCGCGGUGCGUCAACACGGAGCGGGCGGCCUUUCUUCAGCAGGCCAUCGGCUGGCGGGCGCAGAUGCAGCCCGAAGUUCCGAUGCCGGAGCCCGAGCCUCCCAUCGAGGUGGAGGAAGGCCAGAUGGACCCAGCGAAGCCUGCGGCGGUGGAAGAGCUCGACCUCGAGGAGGAGUUCGAUGCCUCACCGGAGGAGUCUCAGCCCCAAGGCGAAGAGGGACAAGUUGCAGAGGGCUUUCAGGGACCCCAAGAUGAUGCUGGACAGGGCUCCCAGGAGGAGGACUGCGAGCCGGAGCCGCCUCAGGAGCGAUGCCACUCACCGUCUACAAAAGAAGCCAUCUCCGGGUUCCUCACGAACUUCGACAAGGGACGAGGCAGGUUCCGGGAGGAGUACCUUGAGAGGGUCUUGCAUCACUACGACAGCCUCGACGAGCUCCAGCGCCUCGUGGACAACACAAAGGAGAAGUUGAAGCAGCUUCCAGACAGCUUCUGGGAGAACAUGGGUCUCGGCGCCGAGUCGCCGAAAGAGACGACGGAGAAGACUUGCCACAAAGUCGUCUUCUUGAAGAAUCUUCAAAGUUUGCCUCCUCCUCCUUGCGAAGAGCCAUGA